GGUAGGGAGGUUGAUUGAAAAAGGAGGAGGAGGAGGAGGAGGAGGAGAUCCAUCAUGGAUUACUGGAAAACAAAGGUUCUCCCAAAGGUGAAGAAAGUAUUUGGGAAAAACGGAACCAAGAAGGCUGCUGCUGCUGAAGCUUGCAAGAACUUCGAUGACUCUAAGGAAGAAUACACCAAGGAGUUCGAAGAGAAGAAGAGUGAGCUCCAGCCUAAAGUAGUCGAAAUCUAUGAGGCCUCUUCAGUUGAGAUCAAGGCACUGGUUAAGGAACCAAAGGAAGUGGGUCUAAAGAAGUACUCUGCUGGUGUUCAGAAGUUCCUCGAUGAGCUCGUUAAAAUUGAUUUUCCAGGAUCGAAGCCAAUUUGUGAAGCAUCUACAAAGCUAGGGCCAACUUUGGUUCCAGGACCAAUUUUCUUUGUAUUUGAGAAGGUCUCAACAUUCAUAGUCACGGAAGAGAAACUGGUGGAGCCUCCCCCAGCCGAGGCCGAAACAUCUGUUGCAGCCGAAGAAGGUAAAGAGGUAGUGGUUGAAGAGGAAAAGAAAGAAGAAGCGGUGGCUGUGGUUGAGACUGCUGCUGAACCUGAGGCAGAAGCCGAGCCAGGUACCACCACGGAGCUGCCACCGAAGGUGGAAGAACCUGUAGCAGCAGAGCCACCAAAGCCUUGAUGAGCACAUGACAGAAGGACAAGUGAACUAGCAAGUUGUGUAAGACUAGGUGCUAGACUGUUUGUGUACCAGUUUAUGUUAAAUUUUUUAUUCUUUAUUGUUGUCUACCCCUUCUCCGUUGUAAUUUGUCUUGUCUUCGUCCCCUGUAUGAUUGUGUGAUAUAUUCUGUUUCUUGGUUCUCAAAGCUUUCACAUUCACUUGUAUUUUUGCUGAUCAUUUGCGAAGUUGUAAUAUUUACAGUGUAUUUCUUCAUUUUUAAGGAAAAGCAAAACCUUCUGCAGGGUUGUUCA